AUGGCAUCGGUACCGGACUCGCGAAAGAAUGAGCAGCUCAGCGAAGAAGAGAUUGCACUUUAUGAUAGGCAGAUAAGACUAUGGGGAAUGGCUGCGCAGGCCCGAAUGCGAUCGGCGAGAGUGCUGUUGAUUAACUUGGGUUCUAUUGGUACUGAGAUCACCAAGAAUGUAGUGCUGAGCGGUCUCGGGUCACUCACAAUAUUGGACAAUCAAAGGGUUACUGAGGAAGAUCUUUCGAGCCAGUUCUUUGUUGGUCAGUCUGAUGUUGGAUCGUACAGGCUUGAUGCUGCCAGAAGCCGUGUAUUGGAGAUGAAUCCCAGAGUACAAAUCAAUUUUGACACAGAUUCUUUUGAAUCCAAGGAAAUGAGUUACUUCAGCGGAUUUGAUCUCGUUCUAGGAACCCAGAUGAGUCGCGAUGGAAUGAUACGCCUAAACAAGAUAACAAGACAUUAUGGAAUUCCGCUGUAUAUGGCGGGCUGUAAUGGGUUAUUUGCAUAUAUCUUCAUUGAUCUGAUCCAAUUUGAUGCUGAGGAAAGAAAGCUGAAGAGCUCCAACGCUACCAGUUUGGGCAAGACCUCAGCCAAUACGGAAAUUGUGGGUGUCGAGGACCAGCGGCAGGAAGAGGGCGAGACGAAAUACUACGAGAUAAUCACCACUCGCAACUAUUUCAAGACAUUCGAAGAUGUGUUGCGGACGGCAAGCUUGGCUGGUAAAUUAAAUCGUCGCCAAAUGAAGAGAGUUUCCAGUGCCGUACCGUUGACGUUCGCUCUUUUCUCCAAUAAACAAUGUCAAACUAGUGGAGAAUUGAAGCGUGAAGCAUUAUUGGCAUGUCAACAGUUACAGAUACCAGAGAGUGUGCUGAAAGACAGCUAUGUGGAGCAGUUUUUCGAGCAAGCUGGGGUCGAGUUUUCUCCUGUUGCUGCCAUCAUCGGAGGUGCUGUCGCUCAAGAUGUAAUAAAUAUUUUAGGGAAGAGACAAGCGCCGUUGAACAACUUCGUCGUUCUUGAUGGUAUUACUCUUGAUAUGCCGAUACUUGAAGUUUGA